AUGCUAACAUCUUCUUCUCGUCCCUCCCAAACAGUCACAUUGAACCGCCCAAAAGCACUAAACGCGCUAUCGAGCGCACUCUUCGCCGAGCUCAACGAUGCGCUCAAGAAAUACGACGAUGACAAGGAGAUUGGCGCCAUCGUGCUGACGGGAAGCGACAAGGCAUUUGCAGCCGGCGCCGACAUCAAAGAGAUGGCCCCCCUCACAUUCUCCGACGCCUACGCCAACAACUUCAUCGCGCCCUGGUCAUUCAUGACGACGAUCCGCAAACCCAUCAUUGCCGCGGUCUCUGGCCACGCAUUAGGAGGUGGCUGCGAACUAGCAAUGAUGUGCGACAUCCUCUACUGCACCAAGACGGCUAACUUUGGGCAACCCGAAAUCAAGUUGGGGACCAUCCCGGGCGCCGGCGGGUCUCAACGCUUGACGGCGGCACUUGGCAAGAGUAAAGCCAUGGAACUGAUUCUGACGGGCAACAAUUUCAGCGGCGAGGAGGCCGAGAAGCAUGGACUUGCCGCUCGCGCCUUUGACGGUGGAAACAAGGAAGUUCUGGAUGGUGCAUUGGACACGGCCGCCAAGAUCGCCAGUUACUCGCGCAUCGCUGUGGUUGCGGCCAAGGAGGUCGUCAAUAAGAGUCAGGAUCUGGGCGUUCGCGAGGGUGUCGAGUACGAGCGCCGUAUCUUCCAUGCUCUGUUCGGCAGCAAUGAUCAAAAGGUCGGUAUGAAGGCGUUCGCCGAAAAGAAGAAGCCCGAGUGGACUCACUCGUGA